AUGAUUAAGAGUGCUAUCCUAGAUGAACUGACUCCCCUACGAGCAUCUAUUGGCACUCUCACAGCGAGAGUUGAUACUUGUGAGAGCAGACAGGGGGAGACUUCAGAGGUGACGGCUUUGAAAGUCGAGGUUGCAGAUUUGAGGAAGGAUGUGGACUACUUGAAGUCCACAGACUUCACUUCACUAUUGGAGGCAACAGAUGAUAUGGAUGCCCUAGCGACUUCUGAGAUUCCUCCGGCCACCACCAGAGACGUACAUAGGGAUGACAUAGUAGUUGAUGAGUCGGAGGCAGAGACCGAUGAGGAGCUUAUAAAGUUAAGGAAGGAGAGCAUAUAUGAAGACCUGCCAGAUCUAGAGGAGAUGAUUGUACAAUCAGUGAUCCAGACUUCGCUGACAUAG